AUGACCCAGAUCAAAACCCCUCGUACUUCUACUACUACCCUGAAGUGUUUCCCUUAUGUUCAUCAUGACCCGGCUACCCUUCCUCGGUCCUUGGACCCUUUUACCAUCACCACUUCUACAGGGUUCAUGCCCUUCAUCAUGUCCCCUACCAACCUCCCCGAGCCCUUCCAGCCUCUAGUGGCCCUGCUUGAUCGGAUGCCCGUGACCAAGCUCGACGGCACUCCUGGUCUGCUGGCGACUUAUGAGCUGGGACCUGCCGUCGCCGAGCUCCCUGACCUCACCGCUGAAGUCGACAAGCUCGUCACGGCUGACGGCUCCCCGGAUCUCUACGCAGUCACGGCCGUGUUCAGGGACUACUCCUUCCUGGCGUCGGCGUAUUUGCUUGAGCCCUGCUGGGAGAACUGGCGUAAGAACCCGGACAAUGGGUAUGGUCUCGGAAGAGACUUUUUGCCUCGGGCCGUGGCUUGUCCUAUGUAUCGAUGUGCUCAGCUCCUGGACAUCCCUCCCUUCAUGUCCUAUGCCGCCGCAUACUCCCUUUUCAACUACACGGUAGCCGAACCAUCUAAGGGCCUGACCUAUCCUAACCUCCGUCUGGUCCGCGCCUUCGAGCACGGCCUUGACCCUAAGAGUUCCGAGGCCGGGUUCAUCCUGACCCACGUGGACAUGGUCAAGGAGUCAAAGGGACUGAUCAGUGGGGCGCUCAAAGUCGUCGAUACGCUUGAGCAAGCCGGGUCUCGAACUGAGGUCAACGAUGGGUUCCGAGAGAUCCUGGCUUCGAUGGAGAAGAUCGAAGCCAGUAUGGAAGAUAUGUGGGCCAACUCUAAACCCCAAGACUACCUGUCCUUCCGUGUCUUCAUCUUCGGAAUCACCUCGCAGUCCAUGUUCCCCAACGGUGUCAUCUACGACGGCGUUCUCGACAAUCAACCGCUCUUCUUCCGCGGAGAGAGCGGUGCCAACGACAGCAUGAUCCCCCUCCUAGACCACCUCCUCCAAAUCCCCAUGCCCUCAACCCCCCUCACCAAAAUCCUCCACGAAUUCCGCGCCUACCGCCCCCUCCCCCACCGAACCUUUCUCGCCUACCUAAACGCCAAAUCAGCCGAAGUAGGCGUCCGCGACUUCGCAGUCCUCGAUACCGAAACGACCAUCCUGUUCCUGAAGACCUUGAACCACGUCCGGAGCUUCCGGUGGCGCCAUUGGUUGUUUGCCAGGGAGUAUAUUAUUCGGAGAACGCCGCAUCCGACGGCCACGGGUGGGAGUCCGAUUGUUACGUGGCUUCCGAAUCAACUCUCCGCUGUUAUGGAUAUGAUGAUAUCCAUGUAUGACACGUACCUUGCACCACAGAAGAACGGGGAAGUCGGAGCUCACGGACUGAGCGGGUAUGAUGCCUCGUAUCAGAAACAGGUGGAGCCGAUGAUGGAGAUGGUCAAGGAUCAGAGGGAGAAGUUGGCGAAGGAGGUGGAGAAGUGGUGUAAGGAGAGGGGGGUUUGA